CAUCUUUUCUGCGCAUACAUUGUUUUGUUCAUCAUUUAAUUCAAUAUUUUGGAUGAAUACUAAAUUGUUGGCUACAUAAGCCAAACUGAUUUGCCCAAAUUCAAAAGCUCGCGGGAAUGACCGUGAUCCAUGUCAGUUCCAGCGUUUACGUGAGGCUUUUAUUCCAACCCACCACUAACGCACCUCACUCAUCUCAUCAUUGUCUUCCCUUUGGACAUUGAUUACAACCAACUCGAUCGAGACGUGUUAGUCUGCUGCAAAACUCGUGGACAAAUGUAUAGGUUCCAGAAUCCACAUCGUCAUGAAGAACGACAAAGAAAUCGUUGGAACCCUGUUGGGUUUUGAUGAUUUUGUCAACAUGGUGUUGGAGGACGUGACAGAAUUUGAAAUCACACCAGAGGGCAGGAGAAUAACCAAGCUGGACCAGAUUCUGCUCAAUGGGAACAACAUUACCAUGCUCAUACCUGGAGGAGAAGGACCUGAAGUAUAAACAAGAGUUUUGCUGAGAGAUUUAUGUUCUUCUGGAUGUAAACCUGUGUUUCCAUCAGUACUGUACUCUGUUUGUGAUUUUUGUUUGUUUUUGAAAGUCUUUUGUAACAAAAGCAUUUUCCUGACAAUGUGUGUACAGAGCAACUGUUGAUUUGGACUUUGGCAUUUGCAGAAUGGGUUCCCUUCCUACCGUAUGUGGUGAAACUACUUUUUUGUUAUAAAUAAAUCACAUAAUCCAGAGUCACUGGAAACAAACCUCUCCCAGUUUGUAUCUAAUAUAGGUGGCAGACUAUUCUUAUUUACCUACACAUGUUGAAUGGUCACUAUUCGUGGAUACCUGAAGGCAGCCGUAAUGUUGUCUUCAAUAGCAGAUGUUAGUCAUAGCAUCCAUAGAGUCUCACUUUUAUAGAUUAUGCAUUUAUUGGCAUGAAAAACAGGACCCAAGGUACUGGUGAUGUACAGUCAGCAUUGUUGCCGACCCAUUGGAACUGAUUGUUGUGUUUUAUGUCCACAUGGCCUGACAGUCAAUGAAACAGCGGCCAGGACUGAGUUGCGCUACCUGAUGUAAAAACAAUGCUUUAAAAAAAAAA